AAGUGUGGAUGGCCGUUUGAGACCCGCUACCUCUUCCUCGGAGACUAUGUGGACCGUGGACGGAAUUCGCUGGAGGUGUUGGUACUAGUGCUUGCACUCCAAAUACAGUUUCCUCGUCAGAUAUUUCUUCUACGCGGCAAUCAUGAAAUCAAAUCCGUUAACAGGACAUACGGAUUCUACGCCGAUCUGCGCUUACGGUAUUCGGAAGGAAAUGAAUGUGACAGUCUACUAGAUGCGGUCGCUAAAGUAUACUCGUUCGUUUUUGUAUUCAUAGCAGGAAUUACCCGAACUGAAAAUGAAAACAAUUGGCUCACAGUUUGUUUCACAAAAAGCCUGAGUUCACGAGCCUUUGGGGUACCCUAA